AUGAGUAUUUGUAAUCGAGAGGGAGGUCGCUGUGCAGAGAUGGCUAUGGUAUGCCUGACAGACUUUGAGGAGUACGCUAAGGAGCAUCUCUCAAAGGCCACCUGGGAUUAUUAUGCAGCUGGAGCGGACGAAUGCUGCACCAGGGACGACAACCUACUGGCUUACAAAAGGAUCCGUCUGAGGCCUCGGAUCCUGCGGGACGUUUCGGUGAGCGACACUCGGACCACGGUGCAGGGCACAGAAAUCAGCUUCCCGGUCGGCAUCGCGCCCACCGCCUUCCACUGCCUGGCCUGGCACGAAGGGGAGGUGGCGACAGCUCGCGCCACGGAGGCCCUGAACACCUGCUACAUCACCAGCACCUACUCCACCUGCUCCGUGGAGGAGAUCGUGGCGGCGGCGCCCAACGGCUACCGCUGGUUCCAGCUGUACGUGUACCGGGACAGGAAGCUGUCGGAGCAGAUCGUGCACCGGGUGGAGGGCCUCGGCUACAAGGCGCUGGUCCUCACCGUCGACGUGCCGUACACCGGGAAGCGCCGCAACGACAUCCGCAACCAGUUCAAGCUGCCGCCGCACCUCAAGGUCAAGAACUUUGACGGAGUGUUCCAGGAGACCGCCGGGCCCGAGGAGUACGGGAUACCGGCCAACACCCUGGACCCCUCCAUCAGCUGGAAGGACAUCCACUGGUUGCAGUCCAUCACCCGCCUUCCCGUUAUCAUCAAGGGCAUCCUGACCAAGGAGGACGCCGAGCUGGCCGUGGAGCACGGCGUCCAGGGCAUCAUCGUGUCCAACCACGGCGGGAGGCAGCUGGACGGGGGGCCGGCCUCGAUCGACGCGCUGUCAGAGAUUGUGGACACGGUUCAGGGCCGGAUCGAGGUCUACGUGGACGGAGGGAUCCGGACCGGCAGCGAUGUCCUCAAAGCUCUGGCCCUGGGAGCGAAGUGUGUGUUCAUCGGCCGUCCGGCGGUGUGGGGCCUCGCAUACAAGGGCGAGGAAGGAGUGAGGGAGGUUCUACAGAUCCUGAACGACGAGUUCCGUCUGUCCAUGGCUCUGUCAGGGUGCAGGAACGUCGCUGAGAUCAACAGGAACCUCAUUCAGUUCUCCAAACUCUGACAGCAGGGGGCAGCGUUGAGCACGGCGACGGAGCCUGAGAGUUCGUCAUGAAAAUCACAGAUAUGUACCUCAGAACUCUUUGUCUCGCAGGAAUCAGUGUACAUGUGAGCAACUUCCACCACGCCGGUUUGUCUGAGUGGGAGAGCUGAGGGUCGGCAGCAGGUUUAGCGAGUGAAUAACGAAAGUGUUUUAGCUUCAUAGUCUAGAGGAGACGGAGGCGCUGAUCAUGGAGCCAGCUGGUUGCUUUUGGUUGUGUUGGAGUGGAAGAGUACGACGGACACAGUGUUUGAAAUGCUGCGAGUGAUGUGGUUGAAUAAACGCCUGCUGAGGUGACCAA